AUGUCUUGCGAGCCUGAGAUUGCUACCACUGACGGCGCACUUGAGACUGUCGGCCAAGCUCCUUAUCGCGACCCUGUAACAGGAGUGGUACUUGAUGGAGUCUCCAGUGUCGCUGGAGAUGAUCUUGAAUUAGUGGAGCAUCCUCCAAAAGUUGCCCGUAUUGAAAUAAACUAUGCACGUACAGCCAAGAUGAUAAAUGUACGCCGACUUAAAACUGCCAUCUGGGACCUAGUAGAUCAACAACUCCACCAUUCACCGAUCCCCCAUGAACGAGCAGAUUCAUCUUUGGCCACUUUCCCACAACUGUUGCAGGUUGCAAACUCCGAUGUGCCUAUGCAGUCACCCAUUUCCUGCACUGAACAGCAAACUUCAUUGAUAAGAAGCACUUCUGAUGAAGUCUUAGCGAAGGAACUAUCUCCAAAGUCGCGAGCCUCCAAUGAGGAGGUUUCGUGUCACUUUAGCAAGCUUUUAGAUACUCUUCCCAGCCAGGUCCAUCUU